AACCAAUUGUCGCUGCCAGUCAGAUGAUCCAUGAGUUUGAGGUUUAUUAAAUUAGACUUGUUGAGUGGUGUGAAAAACAUGGACCCGGGCCGCAGCGUUUGUUGUUAUGCCUUCUGCAUGAGUAAGACUACACGCUAGGUUAAGCACUAAAUUGGGUAACUGUCCAGUGACAGCAGAUAAACACCUGCUCAUACAGAUCAUCCUGAGAGGGGGGUAGACAGGAACUGCUUUCAUAAAACAAACAUUUGGAAUAGUAAUUGAUUCAAGGGAAGGCUUUUGAAUGAAAAUGUCAGCCCUGAAAGAUAAGAGAAAGGAAUAUUUAACAGUGAAGGAUCUGCAAAAGGUUUUGGACUCUUGCAAGCUACAGCUGAAUCAGAUUGACGAGGUCUGGCCCAACAUAUACAUAGGAAACGUGGCAAUAGCCCAAAACAGAACCGCCUUGCAGAAAUUAGGUAUCACUCAUGUAUUAAAUGCUGCUCAUUCCAAGCGUGGCAGCAAAGGGGACCAAAGAUUUUAUGGCAACGACUUUGUGUAUUGUGGCAUUCCAGCAGAUGACUCGACCCACUUUGACCUGGAUAUCUACUUCAAGCCUGCCGCUGAAUUCAUUCACAAAGCACUGAAAACACCGCACGGGAAGGUCCUGGUGCAUUGCAUCAUGGGAAUGAGCCGGUCAUCCACCUUGGUGCUAGCAUACCUCAUGAUCUACCAUCACAUGUCGCUCAAGCGAGCCCUCCAGAAACUGGUACAAAAGAGAGCCAUCUACCCCAACAGGAAUUUCCUGGCAUUGCUGUUGGAUCUUGAUCUCCAGCUGACAAGAAAGAAGAAAAUGUGUCAGAUCCUGUGAUUGUGGACUCAGCGGUGUUCACAGACAAGAGUUUCACGUGCAAUUUGGUUGCAAAACAAACUCGAGCUAACUGUGAAUUAGGAAUGAACUACAUGCUGUGUUGGUGAUUUGAAGUCUUGCAGUCUUUAUUUCUCAUGUUUGUAAGAUGGUCUAUUUUUCAGCAUCUCAUUUCUGUACACAACAAAAGGACCAAAUGUUAUAGAAAAAAUGAUUGACCAUGCAUUAUAUAUUUUUUCCUAAACCUUGCAGGUGACAAUAAUCGACAGGGUUUAUGUUUAAUGCUCAGUAAAAUGGAAGUAAAAAGAGAGAAGGCAAGUCAACAUUUUUUUUUCUCACAAUGUAAAUCAAUCUCCGGUACUGGGCCACUGACCCUUUCCUCCAACUACCUUAAACAAAUGAGUACCUCUGUUUUCCAGCUUAGUGUGAAAUAGUAUAUUGAUCCAAAGGUUAUUGGAGUUAUUUAGCUUUAUUGAUCUUCUUGGGAAAACAUAAUCCUCGCGUCUGGUUUUCUGUAUUCUUUUACUACAUGAUCAAUACACAAACUGAGAGAGACCAGAAAUGGGGUCGUUGAUGUCAUUCAUCAUGCAGACCGUGGACAGAAGCAUUUCUCUGAAGAGGAUAAACCUCCUCCAAACUGUGGCAGAGUACAAACACGAGUAGCAGCCCUGAUGUAAUUUCCCUGCUAUUAAAAAACCCGCGUCCUGCCCAC